AUGUCGGCUACAGGAAACGAACCGCCUUCGCUUGAUACUUGUCCGCAAGGAAAGCAUCUGGUCGCUUUUGCACAACGAACGGAUAUACUCAUCAAGAUAUGUGUACACCCUACGAACGCCAGCCCCGGUUCCGUUUACGUGCCACGUGAGCUGCUACGUUCUGUCUAUCGCCCCGACCAUAGCGAAGAAUACCGUCGGUCCAAGUCUGGAGAAUUGGAAUUAUUGGUCCCCGGACUGUACUGUUCCGAGGUACUUGGUCUAUUCGUACAGUGGCUCUACGUUGGAAAGUACACCGAGCUGGGUGGUCUAGUCAUUGCAUUUAAUGAAUCCCCGAUUCCGAACCUGACCAUGUACAACACCGACAGGAAAGACACAAUGGAGUGGGCAGUCAAGGCUGCGAUACUGGCUUGGCUCUUGGGCGACAUGCUACAAAUACCCGGGUUUCAGAACUAUGCUAUGGAACGCCUCCUUGCCGCUCUUGCACGCAAGUCAAAGCAGCCACAACUCACAUUAGCCUUGUGUUUGUUUGUUUGGGGAUAUACAGACUCUAGCGACGUUCUAGAUUGGGUGCUGAUGGACUUGGUCAUCCGGAACUGGGGUGAUGCAGCCGUUGUUGAUCUGGCAGACUUGGACUCAUGGUUUUCUUUCAUAAGCGACCAGCCGUCCGACACCAGGGUCAAAUUCAUGGAGGGGACGCUCAUGUCACUUGAAAAACGUCGUGAGAAGGUCUUGGUGGCGCAGGAGUAUCUCGUCUGA